AAAUUUUCUGCACCUGAUAUUCACAGAGGUGUCAUUUGUCAUUUCAAGAGAGGUUAUUUUAAAAACAAGGUCUUAUUUAAAAGAGCAGACGGUAUUUGGAGGAUGGCCGAGGUUUUAUUUUGCUCUGCUCGUUGAUUUCCCGGAAGUGACGCAUGCGCUGAUUUGUGUUUGUUUUCCUGACAGUCGCGGCCGUGUUGCGCUUCAAACUGCCAGAAAUCAGCCAGACAUUCAGAUGGACCAGUCGGCGAAGUCAUACAUGUUUGCGAGUCUGACGCGGCCUCACUCCGAGCAGCUCCUGCAGGGUCUGCAGCUCCUGCGACAGGACCAUGAGCUCUGCGACAUCGUGCUGCGGGUUGGAGACGCCAAGAUUCACGCGCACAAGGUGGUGCUGGCCAGCAUCAGCCCGUACUUCAAGGCCAUGUUCACCGGCAACCUGUCCGAGAAAGAGACGUCAGAGGUGGAGUUCCAGUGCGUCGAUGAAGCCGCGCUCAAGGCCAUAGUGGAGUACGCUUACACAGGAACAGUCUUCAUCUCACAGGAAACGGUGGAGUCUCUACUUCCUGCCGCCAACCUUCUGCAGGUCAAGCUGGUUCUGAAAGAGUGCUGCAGCUUCCUGGAGAGCCAGCUGGACGCCGGCAACUGCAUCGGGAUCUCGCGCUUCGCCGAAACCUACGGCUGCCACGAUCUGUGCCUAGCGGCCACCAAGUUCAUCUGCCAGAACUUCGAGGAGGUGUGUCAGACAGAGGAGUUCUUCGAGCUGACGCGGGCCGAGCUGGACGAGAUCGUCUCCAACGACUGCCUGAACGUGGUGACGGAGGAGACGGUGUUCUACGCCCUGGAGUCCUGGAUCAAGUACGACCUGACGGAGCGGCAGCAGUAUCUGGCGCAGCUCCUGCACUGCGUACGGCUGCCGCUGCUGAGCGUCAAGUUCCUCACGCGGCUCUACGAGGCCAAUCACCUGAUCCGAGACGACCACGCCUGCAAACACCUGCUCAACGAGGCCCUCAAGUAUCACUUCAUGCCCGAACACCGGCUCUCCUACCAGACGGUGCUGUCCACACGGCCGCGCUGCGCUCCCAAGGUCCUGCUGGCGGUCGGGGGCAAAGCCGGGCUGUUCGCCACGCUGGAAAGUAUGGAGAUGUACUUCCCGCAGACGGACUCGUGGAUCGGACUGGCUCCGCUCACCGUGCCGCGCUAUGAAUUCGGCGUGGCCGUCCUGGAGCAGAAGGUGUACGUGGUGGGCGGCAUCGCCACGCACAUGCGGCAGGGCAUCAGCUACCGGCGGCACGAGAGCACCGUGGAGAGAUGGGACCCCGACAGCAACACGUGGUCGUCGGUGGAGCACAUGGCCGAAUGCAGGAGCACGCUGGGCGUAGUGGUGUUAGCGGGGGAGCUGUACGCGCUCGGCGGCUACGACGGCCAGUACUACCUGCAGUCUGUGGAGAAAUACGUGCCCAAGGUGAAGGAGUGGCAGCCCGUGGCGCCCAUGACCAAAUCACGCAGCUGCUUCGCCACCGCUGUGCUGGACGGGAUGAUCUACGCCAUCGGCGGCUACGGCCCUGCGCACAUGAACAGUGUGGAGAGAUACGAUCCAAGCAAAGACUCAUGGGAUAUGGUGGCGCCCAUGGCCGAUAAGCGCAUCAACUUCGGAGUGGGCGUGAUGCUGGGCUUCAUCUUCGUCGUCGGCGGACACAACGGUGUCUCUCAUUUAUCUAGCAUUGAGCGAUACGACCCGCAUCAGAACCAGUGGACGGCGUGUCGGCCCAUGAACGAGCCGCGCACAGGCGUGGGCUCGGCCGUGGUUGAUAACUACCUCUACGUGGUUGGCGGUCACUCGGGAUCCUCGUACCUGAACACAGUGCAGCGCUACGACCCCAUCACGGACAGCUGGCACGACUCCAGCGGCAUGAUGUACUGCCGCUGUAACUUCGGCCUCACUGCCCUUUGACCCUGGGCGCACGGAUGACGCUCUGUCAGAGACCGCGAGGGGAAGGAUGGGGUUCAUUUCUGGAGUGUGUUUCUCGCUCACCCGGUGACGUUUGCUCCGCGCCGGCACACGGACGUGGAGCGCCGCGGCUCACGGCCGUCACUGAAGCACGGAUGAACACGCGAGGGCCGAGAGCCUUCCACAAACCCGCGGAGGACGCGGAAGCCUCGAGCUCUUUCCCCUUUACAUUUCAAGGCUUCUCAUGAGGGACGCACAUGGAUGUGUGUGUGUUGCAUGAGUGGAAUCAGCGCUUCGCUCUGGAGGAGGAGCGCGGCACUCGUGAUAAGGGCUGCCUUCUGUCACGCGCACGUGUGUGUGAGUGUGAGAGUAUGUGAGUGAGUGUGAGUGAGUAUGUGAGUGAGUAUGUGAGUGAGAGAGUAUGUGAGUAUGAGUGUGUGUGAGUAUGUGUUUGAGUGUGUGUAUGUGAGUGAGUAUGAGAGUAUCUGAUAGGGCUGCACAAUUAAUCGCAAUUAAAUCGCACGUGAUUUGGCAAAGGCUGCGAUUAUUUCAUGCGCAGUUUGUCAGAGCUGUACGGCUCUGUGAUCAGCAGUAAAUGCUUCUCCAUCUGAAAGCCAGAGGGCGCUCUCACGCAGAAACUGCAAAUAUGCCCUGCUGCAGAAGUAGAACACGCGUCAUUCCAGGAAAUCCCUACGGGCAUCAUACUAUCGCUGUAGCUGAAUAAACAGAAGAUUAAAACGUUUUGAUUGAUUAAACAUGACUAAUAAACACACGACUGCCUUAUUCUGUGUAAGAAGACACAUGAUCUCACAGAAGGACGCUCAACUGUCGUUAUGAAGUGAGUUUGGAGUAAAAACAUAUUAAAUGUUGUCUUUUGUUGGACAAGAUGUUAAUAAAUGCUUCUCAUGUCUGGAAAGAUGUUUGACGCAUGUUGCUUUUUCAAAUGUACGUUAUAAGCAACUCAAACUCACAGUGCUUUCAGAUGGAUUAGCAUUUGGAGUCAUAGUUCAUUGACAAGCCGUGCAUAAAAAAAAAAUAAUCGCAGCUUUGCGUUUUCAUAAUCGCACUAAGCCAAAUCGUUUAAGCGUGAUUUCAAUGCUUUUUUCCUUCUAAUCGUCCAAUUAAUCGUGCAGCCCUAGUAUGUGAGUAUGUUGAGUGUGUGAGUGUGUGUUUGAGUAUAUGUGUGAGUAUUUGUGAGUGAGAGUAUGUAAGUGCGUGUGAGUAUGUGUGUGAGUAUAUAUGUGUGAGUAUGAGUGAGUGUAUUUGUGAGUGAGUGAGUAUUUAUGAGUAUGUGAGUAUAUGUGUGUAUGUGAUUAUUUGUGAGUGUGAGUGUGUGUGCGUGUGUGUGUGUGACUCUCAUACUGACUGGUGCUAAUUUCCUCUUCAGGAUUCAGUUGUUUUAGUUCUUUCAUCGUUUGAAACUUGAUUUCCUGUUUCAGUGACGUUUGUUUCUUGGCGUUCAGAUGAAACGCUGGAUGAAGCAUCAUGCAAUAACAUCCUUCAUCUUCGGCCCGUCACGUUUGAGUUUGGUGUGACGUGAGCGCCGGUGACGUUACAAGCGUCUCACUGAAACACAAACUCCAGUCACAUAGUGCCAAAACAUUUCACACGUUCAGAUGAAGCGUUUCUAGAGGUUGGUCGAGGCCUGCAUCAUUUCAGUCACGUUAGUCUCAGUCGUGUGAAGCGAGUUGUUCCGUGCGUUAAUGCAUCUGUUCAUAUAUUUGCACGUGGAGACACUAAAGAUGGAGUUGUGCACUUACCAAACCAUUUUCUACUGUGUAAAUAUGAUGUUUGAGUUCCUUUGAGGCAAUAAGACUUUUUCUUCAACUAGUUUUUUAUUUUUGUCAUCUAAUUGCCAAGGUGUUUUGGGGAAUCCUGUGACUGACCCGAACGGCUUGAGUUGCAUUCAUUAUGUUGCUCGUCAUUCUGGAUUUCUACACUUUAUAAAGGGAUAUGAUCAUUCUGUCAACAUUCACUCGCUCUCAUGUCGUUCCAAACUUGAAGAAUGUUGCUUUUUGUUCCCAUUGACUUUUUUGUCCAUAUAAUGGAAGUCAGUGGGAACUGAAACAGUUUGGAACGACAAGAAAGAAUGAUCAUUUUUGUCGAUCACUGUUCAUUUUGUUUUGGAUUGAUCUUGAUGUCACUGCGGUUCAGGACAUCAGUUCAGUCUCUUUAGUGUGUUUCAGUUCAUUCCAGCGGAAUGAAGAACUUCUUUCAGAGGCUCAAAGGGAAACAUCUGUGUUUGAUUAGCAAUAAGAAAUAUUUCCUUACAUCCAGUGAAUGAAUGUUCAUCGCCAUCAUUUGUUGUGACUCGACACUGAAAUCUUCAUGUCUGUUUGCAAUAUAUUUGCUGAUUUUCUCUCCUAAACAAGCAGAACUGUGCUGAAACGUGAUGUGAAUCCGAACACAUCCGUCCAUCUUCUCAUGUGCACCAACACACGCUCGGUGAGAACACGUGGAAUCACGCUGGCGUGACGUCACCGUCCUCCAGCCGUCCCUCUGGAUUUAUGGAUGCCGUUCUGAAGGUCAUUCUGUCAAACUGCAGAACGAAGGGAUUUGGUGUUUGUUGGUGUUCGUGUCUCGCCGCUCUCACCAAAGUGCUCUUGAGGGAAUCAAUCUAGAAUGACUUUCUCUGACUGUCUUAAACUUUGUUUUGUUGUUUUCCCUGAUGAAGAUGAUGAUGAUGCCACUUUUUCUUUUUCUCAUGAGUUUGUCUGUCUGGCUUGUGUUUGAAAUAGGGUGAGUUUUUAUAAACCUGUGGAUUGUUACUGGAACUAAACCGAUAACCUUAGCUACAAACGCAGUAUUUAUUUUUCACAUUUUAUCAAGCGUUGAGAGAGAGAGAGAGAGCAUAGCGUACUUUUGCCAUUUUAUUUAUGUGUGUCGCAGCUCAACCAGUCAAGAAAUAAAGGCCUGGAAAUGUU